AUGGCUGACGCACCCAGAGGCGGAGCUGCUGCUCGCGGUGGUGGAUUUGGAUCGCGCGGUGAUCGUGGAGGAGACAGAGGAGACAGAGGCCGUGGACGUGGACGUCGUGGACCCCGUCGUGGUGCCAACAAGAACGAGGAGAAGGAGUGGCAACCAGUUACCAAGCUUGGCCGUCUCGUCAAGGAUGGAAAGGUCAAGUCGAUGGAGGAGAUCUACCUGCACUCUCUGCCCAUCAAGGAGUACCAGAUUGUGGACUUGUUCUUGCCAAAGCUCAAGGAUGAGGUUAUGAAGAUCAAGCCCGUCCAGAAGCAAACUCGUGCCGGUCAACGUACCCGAUUCAAGGCCAUCGUUGUCAUUGGUGAUUCCGAGGGACAUGUUGGUCUUGGUAUCAAGACCUCCAAGGAAGUCGCAACUGCCAUCCGUGCCGCCAUCAUCAUCGCCAAGUUGAGCGUUCUGCCAAUCCGAAGAGGUUACUGGGGUACAAACUUGGGUCUUCCUCACUCUCUGCCAACCAAGGAGAGCGGAAAGUGCGGUUCCGUUUCCGUCAGACUUAUCCCAGCUCCCCGUGGUACCGGUCUCGUUGCCUCCCCAGCCGUCAAGCGUCUUCUCCAACUUGCCGGUGUCGACGACAUUUACACCUCCUCCUCCGGUUCUACCAAGACUCUCGAGAACACCCUGAAGGCUACUUUCGUUGCUGUCGGCAACACGUACGGAUACUUGACCCCCAACCUGUGGAAGGAGACUAAGCUCAUCCGGAGUCCUCUGGAUGAGUUCGGAGAUACUCUGCGUGCUGGUAAGCGAUACUAG